GUGCGAAAUGCUGGCAAUGGUUGAUCCUUCAGCGCUAACAUCGGAAGCAUUAGCACGGGCAGCAGUGAUACUUUCCGUUGGUUUACUAUUAAUGUUUUCGGCAGUUAUUUCCAUAACAAUAACAUUAUGUAACGAUGCACUCCGUGAUGUCAUCGGUUAUUAUAUGGUUUCUUUAUCAGCGGCAGAUUUGCUCUGUUCAGUGGCAAUAAUACCUACUAGCAUGUACAGUGCUUUAGCACCAGAUUGGCAAUUUAUGGGUGAUAAUUCGUUGGUUUGUAAAUGCUCAGUAUAUUUAGAAAUAGUUCUAUUGGCUAAUACUGCCUAUACCCUUGCAUGGAUUGGUAUUGACCGAUAUGCUGCUCUAAUGAAACCUCAAAGAUACGAAGCGGAGCAGACCAUAACGAGGUGUAAAUGUUGGAUUGCGUUCACAUGGAGUAGCACUGUACUCUUUUCGUUGCCUAUUAUUGUUGCCCGCAUGAAGGUCUCCUAUUACCAUGCAGCGGAAUUGUGCCUGCUUGAUUGGUCAGCAACAACGGCUUAUAGUGUAACAUUAGCCUCACUUAUCUUAGUACCUUCUACUUGCAGUAUAUUAUUCACUUAUUGUUCAAUUUUCUGGGCUAUGCGAAAUUCACAUGCGCUUGAAGACAAUCAACGUUUAUUGCUGGAAACGGAUCACAAUUUUGCUCUUUCCUUUUUCGUGCUCAUUGCUUUCAUUCUCUCUUGGCUGCCCGUUAUCGCUGUCCGUUUCGUCCCACAGUCGAUGCUUAGUCCAGCAGAUCUAUCAACAGUGGAUUUCGUUUUUGUAUGGCUUGCAAUCGGUGGACCUUCCUCAAAGUUGCUCAUUUCAUUGUUCAUAAAUCAGGAAUUUCGUGCUGCACUUGGCCAAUGUAUCUCUGCUCUCUGUCCAUGUUGCUGCUUAACAUCGUCAGCCACUCGUCAAAGGCGCCGACUGGAAUACAGAAGCCUUUCUGACCGACGAGUCCAUUCUAGCUGA